CCUACACCUGCUUUUUAUUAGGCUGACAGGGAGCUAGUGUCCUGUUGCCUUUACAACGCAGCUGCAACGGAAUUUCCAACCUUGCUCAUCUUCUUUCCGUCAACACACACAUAUCCAUUUCAUUUCCCCACCCUACACACUCUACUUUUUUUUUUCGUUUCUCCCAUCAUUGCGCGUCAAAUCUUGUGUUGUCAGCUAUUGGCAGAUCUAGUACUGGUAGCUGAAUUACACAACAUUCGAACUCGCUUCGAGAAGAAGGGAAAAAAACAACUAUUAAACAAAACAAGGGAGGAAAAGUUUUGGCGACUCUAAAAGUGUCGCGUCGUUACGCCGUUUCUAUUCGACGUCAUCACUAAAAAGUGUCUCAACGGUGUCCACUACUACAGAUAGGCUACCUCCUAGGCAUCACUUGUUAUCGGCCCAAGGUGCUAAUUUCGCAACGGCCAACAUAUACACUUUUUUUUUUCUUUAUUUCUUAUAUUGCGCACUUGUUUAAACCCAAGUGUUUACUACCAAGGCAAACAUCGUCUCGACCCUGUUUAUUCGCUAGCUAUCCGAAAUGUCCGAUACAGAGAGUCUUGAUUACCUUCAACCAGGCUUCGAUGCGAAGACCUUGACCGUCCCGCGCCUACGAUCGAUUCUAGUUGCCCACAAUGUGCCAUACUCAUCCAGCGCAAAGAAGGCACAGCUGGUCGAUCUCUUUAAUCAACAUAUUGUCCCGCAAUCAAAGAAGAUACUAGCUGCCCGCGCACGAGCUAAGCGCUCCAGCAAAGGAAUCGUCGAUGCAGAAUCGCAAAGCAGCAGUAACCCAUUUGAGGAGCACGAAGAACUUCAACCUCCUGUUCGUCCUACCCGUACCACUCGCUCAAGGUCACCUAGGAAGCCACCUGUCAGAGUCAAGUCCGAGGAGCUUGAAGAUGAGCCAUUGCCACCACCUACGCCUAGUCCUGCUAAGCGAAAGCCUCGUGCAUCAAGCCGACCCGUCCAAGCUUCAGACACAGAUACCGGUCCGGAGCCUGAACCUAGUCGAACGCUAAGCAAAGUUCGACGGCCCGUUCUUGCGCCUCGCAUCAAAACCGAGGAUUCCGAAGAAGGCCUCUUCCGACGUACCUCGGAUGUCUUCACCAGUGAUAAUCCAUUCCAGAGUGGUAGCUCCCCCCCAACUGUGGAACAGACCCCAGUUAACCGUCGAAGAACUGCCGGAGGAGACAAGUCGCGAAGUACUAGUACCGGUACGCGGCGACGGGCAGAAGCUCAGCCUGUUCAGCCGGCCCAACCUGCCCCCAGGGACGAGCGGUUCAUUAUGCCUAGAAGUUAUGGGACCCCUUUACCCCAGAAGCUAGUUCCAAAGGUUCCAGAACCCUUUGCGGUUGAGGCUGGAGAAGAGUUCACUCCGGAAGAGCAGCUUGAACUCGAUGCAGAUGAUGUUGUACAAGGAGACAGCGCAGCUGUUGCAGCUAGACAACCUCGCCAGUCCAGCAACACCAGCUGGGGCACACUCUCCUCGAUCCUGUUUAUGGCACUUGUGAGUGGCUAUGGCGGAUGGUAUCGACAGGAGAAGAUUGCUGUGGGUUAUUGUGGUGUAGGUCAGACUGGAAGCUCGAUUCCUACCGAGAUUGAAACCCCCGAAUGGGCGCAAUCUGUCCUGCCACCCCAAAUUACGAUCCCGCAAUCACUUAUCGACUCCGUAGAACCCGAGUGCGAACCCUGCCCUGCUCAUGCUUACUGCUACGCGGACUACUCCGUUUUAUGCGAACAGGACUACAUCCUAAAGCCUCACCCACUUUCUCUGGGUGGUGUUCUCCCUUUGCCCCCAACAUGUGAGCCGGAUGGUGUAAAGGUUCGCCGGGUCCAAGCCGUAGCGGACAAAGCAGUUGAAGAACUUCGUGAGAGAACUGCCAAUUAUGAGUGCGGUGAACCUGUGAAUGAGGAGGGCGCGAGGCUAGAAACCCCUUCUAUCGAGGAACAAGAGUUGAAGCAGAUCAUCAGCCAGAAGAGAAGCAAGAAAAUGAGCAAUCAAGAGUUUGAGGAUCUUUGGGGAUCUGCACUGGGUGAGAUCAAAGCUAGAGAAGAAGUAGAGGUUGAAGUUAAGGAAACCCCCGAUUCCGGAAGUAUUUCAAACACCUACUUAUCAUCCACCUCUCUCGCUCGAAUUUCGAUCGCCUGCGCCGUCCGGCGCUCGAUCCGGCUCGGGCUGGCAAGAUAUCGAUUCCAUAUUAGCUUCGUAGUCGCGACUAUCCUAACGGCCAUCUACAUGCGAUACCAGUACAAAGCCAAUCGAGCGGCAGCAGCCCAGGUACCCGCCUUGGUAGACAUUGUCCUCGAAAGAUUGGCGAACCAGAAACAGCUAGCCGACGAUGAUAUCGACGAUCCUUGGCUUUUCCUGCCCAACUUGCGCGACGAUGUACUACGAUCGGUUCACUCUCUCGCGCAACGUGAGAAGAUCUGGCAGAGAGUUCGAGCGGUCGUCGAGCAAAACAGCAAUGUUCGGACUGGCCAGCGCGAGGGACGUAGUGGCGAGGUCGGUCGGGCGUGGGAGUGGAUCGGACCUAUGACCGGGGACCAUAGCAUCAGGCGCCGGAGAAGUGGCCGCAGCUCGUUCAACCCAGAUGUUAGUGUGGCGAGCAUAGAGUCGCCAAGUGUCGGGGCAGCAGAUAAAAGUUCUCGCCUGCGUCAUCAGAAGUGGGAGGAGCCGAGGCCCAUUUACUAAUACACCUACCUAAUGGGUACUGAUGGGGAUGGUUGUCUGGUAUUUGCCUAAGGGUUUCAUGAUCAAGUCAUUUUAGAGUACAAAGAUGGUACUAGAAGACGAAUUGUCUGCCUAUCUGUCGGCUGAGGCGUUUAAGGAUUCUGGUUGUUAUUCCCCCUUUGCGGCGUGUUUUCCCCCCUCCUACAAGUACCUGGCUAGCUAGGUCCUUGUAGGCUGACUAUGUGCUCAUGGAACGGCACGUGGAUAUCUGGUGGUGGUGGUGGUUGUUUCCCCCGUCUUCUUUGUAAUUUACAGCAUCAUACUGUAACGUCUAGAUAGGUAGCCUCGUGGUGUGUGAUGUGGUGCGGUGUGGCGUAGGGUUAAUAUCCCAACCCUACGGAGCAUCUCCCCGCCGUUUGUUCAUACCUAACCUACUCAUGUACCUAGUUUACCUGCCUAAUGUACGUGUCUCGGUCUUUUUUUGUGCCCCCGAUCCCCAUGAGUGUUGAUGUUCGUAGAUGUCUGGGCGUGUAUUGUUCUACCUACCUACCUAAGAUGGCAGGUACGACUUCAAGUACAUCGUCGUAGGCAUGUACCUAUGAUAUGUACUGUAGAUCGCUAACCUACAUCCUUACUAAGUAGGUAGGUAGGUAGGUAGGCAAUGGAAUCAAUCAAUCAAUCAAUCCUCUCAUCAUCGCCACGAACCUCACGUCUCA